AUGUCGCUCCUCCUGGAGGGCAGUCCUAGCCUGUUGACUUUAAUAAAAAUAAUAUUUAAUCCUUUCAGAGGUCGAAACAGUAGCAAAGGACUGCCUCAGUCUACGAUUUCCUUUGAUGGAAUCUAUGCAAAUAUGAGGAUGGUUCAUAUACUUACAUCAGUUGUUGGAUCCAAAUGUGAAGUACAAGUGAAAAACGGAGGUAUAUAUGAAGGAGUUUUUAAAACAUACAGUCCUAAGUGCGAUUUGGUACUGGAUGCUGCACAUGAAAAAAGUACAGAAUCCAGUUCAGGGCCGAAACGGGAAGAAAUAAUGGAGAGUAUUUUAUUCAAGUGUUCAGACUUUGUUGUGGUACAGUUUAAAGAUAUGGACUCCAGUUAUGCAAGAAGAGAUGCUUUUACUGACUCUGCAAUCAGUGCUAAAGUGAAUGGUGAACACAAAGAGAAGGACCUGGAGCCCUGGGAUGCAGGUGAACUCACAACCAGUGAGGAACUGGAGGCUUUGGAAAACGAUGUAUCUAAUGGAUGGGAUCCCAAUGAUAUGUUUCGAUAUAAUGAAGAAAAUUAUGGUGUAGUAUCUACAUAUGAUAGCAGUUUAUCUUCAUAUACGGUGCCCUUAGAAAGGGAUAACUCAGAAGAAUUUUUAAAACGGGAAGCAAGAGCAAACCAGUUAGCAGAAGAAAUUGAAUCAAGUGCCCAAUACAAAGCUCGGGUGGCCCUGGAAAAUGAUGAUAGGAGCGAGGAAGAAAAAUACACAGCAGUUCAGAGAAAUUCCAGUGAACGUGAGGGGCACAGCAUAAACACUAGGGAGAAUAAAUAUAUUCCUCCUGGACAAAGAAAUAGAGAAGUCAUAUCCUGGGGAAGUGGGAGACAGAAUUCACCACGUAUGGGCCAGCCUGGAUCGGGCUCUAUACCAUCAAGAUCCACUUCUCACACUUCAGAUUUCAACCCGAAUUCUGGUGCAGACCAAAGAGUAGUUAAUGGAGGUGUUCCCUGGCCAUCGCCUUGCCCAUCUCCUUCCUCUCGCCCACCUUCUCGCUACCAGUCAGGUCCCAACUCUCUUCCACCUCGGGCAGCCACCCCUACACGGCCGCCCUCCAGGCCCCCCUCGCGGCCAUCCAGACCCCCGUCUCACCCCUCUGCUCAUGGUUCUCCAGCUCCUGUCUCUACUAUGCCUAAACGCAUGUCUUCAGAAGGGCCUCCAAGGAUGUCCCCAAAGGCCCAGCGACACCCUCGAAAUCACAGAGUUUCUGCUGGGAGGGGUUCCAUAUCCAGUGGCCUAGAAUUUGUAUCCCACAACCCACCAAGUGAAGCAGCUACUCCUCCAGUGGCAAGGACUAGUCCUUCAGGGGGAACAUGGUCAUCAGUGGUCAGUGGGGUUCCAAGAUUAUCCCCUAAAACACACAGACCCAGGUCUCCCAGACAGAACAAUAUUGGAAAUUCUCCCAGCGGGCCAAUUCUUACUUCUCCCCAAGGUGGUAUUAUUCCAGCUGAAGCUGUUGCCAUGCCUGUUCCAGCUGCAUCUCCUACGCCUGCUAGUCCUGCAUCCAACAGAGCUGUUACUCCAUCUGUCGAGGCUAAAGAUUCCAGGCUUCAAGAUCAGAGGCAGAACUCUCCUGCAGGGAAUAAAGAAAAUAUUAAGCCCAAUGAAAUAUCACCUAGCUUCUCAAAAGCUGAAAAUAAAGGUAUAUCACCAAUUGUUUCUGAACACAGAAAACAGAUUGAUGAUUUAAAGAAAUUUAAGAAUGAUUUUAGG